AAAAGUUAUAAGAAUCUGAUGCAGUACUGUUAGAGAAGACAUAGUUUCAUCUCAUUUGUCUCUUGUCUCUGACCAAUAAUACCUCCAUUAAUUUUCAGAACAUUUAUCAUUCAAAAACUCCCCUAGUUUAUUUUGAAACUGCAUAUAUUUAUUUUAUAAUUUCUUUUGAGUUUUAUAGUUUCAGACAUUGAUGUAACACUUGUUUGAUCACUUGUCUGAAAGAAUUUUCUUUCUUAUUUUAGCUAUGAAAAUGUCAAGGCAACUGAGAAAUUCAUGGAUGGUUAUAGUUUUGAUCUUUGGAACAAGUCUUUACUCUGUCGAAGCCGAGCCUCAUCGGAUUCUGUUGGAUACCGAUGCCGAUACCGAUGAUUUCUUCGCGUUAUUGUACCUGUUGAAGCUUAACAGAUCGGAAUUUCGUUUGGAGGGAAUCACUAUCAGUACAAAUGCAUGGACUGAUGCUGGUCAUGCAGUGAAUCAAAUUUAUGAUAUACUUUAUAUGAUGGACCGUGAUGAUAUACCUGUUGGAAUAGGAGGAGAAGGUGGGAUUAUGGAAAAUGGUACGAUACAACCGAAUGUUGGCGGUUAUCUUCCGAUUAUUGAACAGGGAAUGACGACGUACGGAGGUUGUCGAUAUAGGCAAGCGAUUCCGGUAGGACUCGGUGGACGGUUAGAUAUCGACACGAAUUACGGUCUUCGAAAAGAGUUGCUUCCAUGGGGUAGUCGGAGAUAUGUUCCUCUUCAACAGCUUACUGCACAGCGAGUGAUGAUUGAUACAAUAUCUGCUGGUCCUACUAAUGUGAUUCUUACUGGAGCUCAUACAAAUUUUGCUAUUUUUCUUAUGAAUAAUCCACAUUUGAAGAGAAAUGUUGAGAAUAUAUAUGUGAUGGGUGGUGGGGUCCGGUCCAAAAACCCGACGGGUUGUUGUCCCGAGAAUGGUACGUCGUCUUGCCAGCCACGACAGUGUGGAGACCGUGGUAAUCUGUUUACAGAUUACAAUAGUAAUCCCUAUGCCGAGUUCAAUAUCUUUGGAGAUCCUUUUGCAGCAUAUCAAGUGCUUCAUUCAGGUAUACCAGUAACACUUGUUCCCUUGGACGCAACGAAUACGAUCCAAAUAACUGAGGAGUUCUUCAAGGCGUUCGAGGAGAGGCAGGGCACUUAUGAGGCGGAAUACUGCUUUCGGUCCUUGAAAAUGGCUCGCGAUACUUGGUUCGAUGACCAAUUCUACACGAGUUAUUUCAUGUGGGAUUCAUUCACGUCCGGUGUAGCAGUCUCGAUUAUGCGUAAUUCGCACAAGAAUAAUGGGGAGAAUGAAUUUGCAGAAAUGGAAUACAUGAACAUAACCGUAGUUACUUCGAACGAGCCUUAUGGAAUAUCCGAUGGUUCUAAUCCCUUCUUUGAUGGCCGAAAAAUUCCAAAGUUUAAUCUAACAAAAGGCGGAGUGCAUAGCGGCCAUGUCCAGACAGAUCUUCGAGACCCGUUUUGCUUCGUCGAGGAUGGAAAAGGGAAAUGCAAGGAUGGUUACACAAUGGAGGUAACUGGUCCGGAUGCAGUUCAUGUUCUCGUUGCAACAAAGGCAAAACCGAAUAAGGACGUUAGCAGCAAACUCGACCGGGAAUUUUACAUAAGUUUUCUCGAUGUUCUAAAUAAUCUGGAGCAUACAGGGCGGUUCAAUCUUAUGACCGAGUUCCCGUAUUACAGAGAAGUUUAUUACAAACCGGAUUUUCGAAACAAAAAGGGGAAACCAGUUGUUUUCGAUAUGGAUAUGAGUGCCGGAGAUUUCCUGGCUCUAUUUUAUCUCCUCAAAGCACCUGUUGAAGUGCUCGACCUCAAGGCAAUAUUGGUAACUCCGACCGGUUGGGCUAAUGCUGCAACUAUCGAUAUCGUCUAUGAUUUACUACACAUGAUGGGUCGGGAUGAUAUUCCGGUUGGUUUAGGAGACGUAUUUGCAAUGAAUCAAUCCGAUAUAGUUUUCCCUCCUGUUGGAGACUGUAAGUAUGCUAAGGCUAUCCCGCAUGGAAGCGGCGGAUUCUUGGAUUCAGAUACUCUUUACGGGCUAGCUCGGGAAUUACCGCGAAGUCCUAGAAGGUAUACUGCAGAAAACUCUGUAAAAUUUGGAGCUCCUCGGGAUACUGAUAAUCCCGAACUAAGACAACCUUUGGCAUUGGAAAUUUGGAACUCAACAUUGAAAACUUUGGAUCAUGGAUCAAAAAUUACUAUAUUGACAAAUGGACCUUUGACUAGUUUGGCCAAGAUUAUAACUCAGACAAGAACAGCUUCAUUUAUCGAGAAUGUGUAUGUUGUUGGAGGACAUAUCAACCGAAGUCACCUCGAUAAAGGAAAUGUCUUCACUAUUGCUUCCAACGAGUAUGCCGAAUUCAAUAUGUUUCUCGAUCCAUUCGCUGCAAAGACGGUCUUCGAAUCAGGGCUAAACAUCACACUUGUUCCGCUUAGUAUUCAACGCAAAGUUGGUCAGUUUCUAAAGACACUCGAGAGGCUAAAGUUGACGAGGAAGACUCCCGAGGUUCGGUUUGUCAAGCAUUUGUUGUCCCGACUACAAGCGUUGCAACGAACUCAUAAGAGAUAUCACCAUAUGGGUACAUUCUUGGGUGAGAUCCUUGGUGCAAUAUUAAUGGCUGAAAAACAUCACAAUCUGAAACCCAAAACAGAAGAAAUGGCCAUUAAAGUCAUUGCCGAAGGUGUCGAAUCGAGGGACGGGCAGAUUUUAAUUGAUAAAAAACGAGGGAACACGGUGAAAAUAUUGAAAAACGUUGAUCAUAAGGCUUAUUAUGAGCUAUUUGCCAAUAGAUUGGGUGAUGAAAAGCAAUCUGCUGUUUUAGGAAGCUAUGAUGAACAGAAAAAAAUGUGGAGAACACCAUCAAAUCGAACUUGAAAAUGGUUCAGAUCACGAACUUGAGUUCUGUUUUUAUGUUAGUGUUGCGGAUUUAUCUGUAUUUGCUCAAUCUGUUCAUUGUAGAAUCUCCCCCAAGGGAGACCAUAUGCUUCAAAUAAAGCUGAGUUAAAUGAA